GAAGCGGGGCUUAUCGCAUGGGGCAGCUGCCUCUGGAAGCACGAGCCACCGGGCGGUGAAGGCGGAAGGUACCCUUGGCGCCGGAGUUGCCCACCACGCGCGCCUUUGACAUUCAUUGUCGCCCGACCAUACAAACCGCGUCAUUGCACACACAACCGCAGCUCAACAUCACCGUCUGCUUGUCCUCAACUACCUUUACCUGCGAACGAAGACAUCCACACUCCACUCUAAGUAAUCCAUCUUCUGUGGCAACAACAUGGGCAAGCGCAAGUCCGCCAGCAAGCCGCAAGGCCCCAAGAAGAAGGAAAAACUCCCAACUACCUUCCAAUGCCUCUUCUGCAACCACGAGAAAUCCGUCAGCGUCUCCAUCGAGAAGAAGUCCGGCGUCGGCAACCUUCAGUGCAAAGUUUGCGGCCAGACCUUUCAGACGAACAUCAACUACCUCUCUGCUCCUGUCGAUGUGUAUGCGGAUUGGAUCGACGCGUGUGAUGCGGUAGCAAAGGAGGCCGCGAAGGGGAAUGCGGCGACGGAGAGGUCCGCGGAUAGGAGGGGCGGGAUGCCGAGGGGCCCAGCAGACCCGGAGGAUGAUGGUUUCAUUGAGCAUGAUGAUUUGGACGCGGAGGGGGAGUACGCGGACUAAGGAGCCCACACGAGUUCGCGCGACAACAUCUACGCUUCUCCAAGGACACUUGUACAACAUGAAGUAUGACGGGGAUGGGCUGGAUUAUGGCUCGCAUGGCGUUUACGGUAUACCAUGGAAAAGGAUCCCACGGAUCUACGGUGGCGUUUGCGAUAAUUUUCGAUAUUUUCAAGUUCUGAAGGGAUAGCGGAGCAUUGCUUGAUACUUGUCAGAUUCGAGUAAUUUAUGGACUACCACCUCUCUUCCACUAAAUCUCCUUUAUGAUACAUUGAUUCAUCAAGUAUCCUAGUGCUAAUCUAUGCAAAAGCAAGCCGAAGCAAACCCACGCCCCACUAAAUGCUCAUUAUCGUUGAAUUGAGUAUGUAUGCUUACAUGGUGUAGAAGCGAUCACCAAAGUCACCCAGCCCAGGAACAAUGUAGCUAAAGCGACACUU